AAACUUGACAUUUUUAAUCAUCUCCCUAGAUAAAAUCCACGAACUCUCAAAUGUGUUGGUGUAUCCUGCAAAGACCCAAUUGAAUCUUGAAUAAUUCCUCUUCCAAUGCCAAAUAAAUUAUUUCUUAAAGUAACAAAAAAUAAAUUAAAUCAUAUCCACAUUAAUUUGGGGGAGUAAUAUUCUCAGAUUCAAAAUUUGGGCUAAAAUAGAAACUAGUGAUCUUUUAGGGAUUAGAUGGAAAAUAAAAUAUUUUUUGCUGUUACAUAAUUAUUUUUUCUUCAACGUCUUUUUUCGCCCAUCUUCAAAUUCUUCACUAAAGUUUCACACUUUUGAUUUGAUUUGGUGGUGUAACAACGGAAGAUUACACUAGAGACUGGAUGUCAAGAGCAUAGUCACUCAAAGCCUAGAGAAGAAGGGUGUUCUCUCCAAGAUCCGGGUAAAGUUUCACUUUUACGUUUUUCCAACACUUUUUUCGCAAAGUUCCGGCCUUUCAGUUCAGAUGAUAAACUGGUUGAGAACAAGGAAGGUUUGUCUCCGGCUUUGUUGGGAAGCUGUAGUGAUCGUGCAAGGCGGCUUCAUGCUUCUCCUUCAGGUAAGUUGCUAUCUGCGUUAGGUUGUGAAUAUCAAAGUGUAUCAACCCGAGUGCAAUUUGGUAAUCAACAAAAUGACUCUUGGAAGACUAGAUAAGGCGAAUUUGUUAGCAGCAAUGGCUAUGGGCUCAACAGAAAUGGAGAUAGCGGACCACUCCUUCUCGAUGUUCUCGAAGGAUUCUUCAAGUUCGAGGUUUAGUGAUCACGUUUUCAGUCUAGAAACUCUCUUUGCAGAUCAUCUGCUUCUGAUAGCUUAGGAAGACCCGGUUCUGCAUCCCAAGGAUCAGAUAAAAGAGGGCGGGUCUAGUUACAGAAAAGAUGAAUAAAGAUGCACAUGAAGAGGGGAAGCGCCUCCUGUUUUCGAAAUGGACGAUUACACGAGAGAGAUGAUGGAUCUCAAGACAUUGGUCACUCGAACCCUCGAGAAGAAAGGUGUUCUCGCUAAGAUCCGGGCUGAGCUACGUGCGAGUGUGUUUGAAGCAAUAGAAGAAGAGGAUGGAGUGAUUCAGAACAACCAAGGCGGCUUGCCUCCAGCUUUGUUGGGAAACUGCAAUGAUCGUGCUAGGCGUCUUCAUGCUUCUCCUUCAGGCAGGUUGCUAUCUGCGUUGGUAUGUGAAUACUUGGACUGGGCGCAGCUUAACCACACACUCAAAGUUUAUCACCCUGAAUCUAAUUUGCCAAAAGAUUCAUGGAAGUCUGAGUUACGCGACUUUAGUAGCAACAGUGGCUAUGAGCUCAACAUAAACGGAGAUAGCAGCAAACCACUUCUUCUAGAUGUUCUUGAAGGGUUCUUCAAGUUUGAGGCUAUAGGUGGUAGUAGUUCAAGGAGAGAUUCUGAAACAGAGUCCUCAACAAGCCUUGACUCCAGGAUCCCUCCUCGCUCAUCAUCUGCCUCUGAUAGCUUACCUCCUCAACGAAGGUCAAUAUUUACAUCUCAAGCAUCAGGCCCUACUUCUGGGUACAGUUGGAGAUAUGAGAGUGAAGAUGGGACAGAAGAGGUAAUGAGAGCUUCUUCAGCAGCGCUGGAAAAUCUGCAGCUAGAUAGAAAAAACUAGGAACCUAACAUCAUCAUCUUGGAGUAGGAAGGAAUGUGAGGGAUGGAACAAGUGAAGAAGCUGGGAAAGAUUAACAUGCCUCUUUGAUGUGAAUUUAGUACGUUGAUAUAUACAUAUAUGUGUGUGUGUGUGACUCUUUGUGUUUCUUUAUCUAUUGCCGUUAAGUGUUUGCAACUCUGUUUAUUUAUCUGUUUUGUAUUUGCAAUAGGAGUUGACUGAGAAACGAUUGGAAGUAA